UAAUACCUGCACGGCUCAAGCCCAUCUUUCUCUCUUCUCCCUCGUCCCUCCCUCCUCAAAAAAAUUUCCCCCAAUAAUUCAAAAAAUUCUGGUUUAAUCCUCAAAACCUUAAACCCUAAACCCUACUCUGCUGCUUCGACGAUUUCUUCCGGUCCUCCGUUGAUUCUGAUUUCGAGUUCCAACCCUCAGUCUCCAAAGGUUCAUUUAUGGCUGCCCUUAUUGACAACAACGGAACACCAAAUUCAGAUGCACAACCCAAUAAGCGCAGGAGAAAAAAGUCUGUUGUUUGGGAACACUUCACAGUAGAAAACAUUGAUGCAGACUGUACCAGAGCCUUUUGUAAGCAGUGCAAAAAGUCAUUUGCCUACAUUACUGGUUCAAAACUAGCUGGCACAAGCCACCUCAAACGGCAUAUUGCCCUAGGAAUUUGUCCGGUGAGCAAGCUUAAUAAGGAGAAAAAUCAGUCAUCUCCCUACAUUCCAAACCCCAAAAGCAAUGGCUCAGCAGAUGCUGUUGAUAGAAAAAGGAAGCGGCAUAGGGCUACCUCUGGACUCACAGCCAUUUCCUUUGAUCAGGAAAGUUGCAGCCAUGAGAUAGCGAAAAUGAUUAUUAAACAUGAUUAUCCACUUCACAUAGUGGAAAACCCUGGUUUCGUUAGGUUUGCACGGGCUCUUCAUCCUCAGUAUAAUUCAGUUAACAUAAACACGAUUGAAGCUCAUGUAGUGAACAUCUACUUGAGAGAGAAGCAAAAUCUUUUGAGCCUUCUUGCUGGAGCUCCCGGUCGCAUUAGCCUCAGUUUGGAUUUGUGGACUUCAGAUCAAACUGUAGGUUAUGCAAUUUUAACAGGGCAGUUUGUUGAUUGUGAUUGGAACUUGCACCGGCGGAUCCUUAGUGUUAUCACGUUGCCAUUUCCUGAUUCAGAAUCUGCCUUCAAUCAUGCAGUUGCUGCUUGCUUUACAGAUUGGUGUUUUGAGAACAAACUAUUUACCCUCACUCUUAAUCAAUCCUUCAGUAGUGAGACUAUUAGAGCAAAUCUUAGAGGUCUAUUAUCGAUCAAGAAUUCGGUUAUUGUCAAUGGUCAACUGAUUAUUGGCAGCUGCUAUGCUCAUGCGUUAGGUAGUACUGCACAGGAUGCGUUGUGGUCAAUGAGGAACACCCUUGAAAAAGUCCGUCGAAUUGUGAAGUAUGUGAUUACUUCGGAAGCUCAUCGAGAAAAGUUUGCUGAAGUGAAACAAAAGCUUCAAGUGCCCAGCACAAAGAGCUUGGUCCUUGAUGACCAAACCAACUGGAAUACUACCUACGAAAUGCUAUUGGCUGCUUCUGAGUUAAAGGAAGUGUUUUAUUUCUUAGAUAUCUCUGAUACACAGAACCAAAUAAUUCCAUCAAUGGAUGAGUGGAGGGAAGUUGAAACUCUAUGCACAUAUUUGAAGCUUUUACAUGAUGCUGCCAGCAUUUUAACUGCCGAAGUUAACCCAACUUCAAAUACAUUCUUUCAUGAAGUGUGGAAAAUUCAGCUUGAAUUGAUGCAUGCUGCCAGGAGCCCAGAUCUGUUUACUAGAAACCUGACUAAGCCUCUGAAGGAUAGGUUUGAUAGAUAUUGGAAGGACUGCAACCUAGUUUUAGCUGUUGCUGUUGUCAUGGAUCCCAGAUUCAAGAUGAAGCUUGUGGAGUUCAGUUUUUCCAGGAUCUAUGAAAAUGAAGCUGAAACUUGGAUCAAGCUUGUUGACGAGGGACUGCAUGAACUCUAUCUCGAUUAUGUUCUGGAGUCACUUCCUCCACCUACGUUCUUGGACGAAGCUAGUGAAUCCGUCAUAAAAGCAGAGAUAUCUCAAGAUGAUUGUCUACUUUCAAGUGCUGAUGGUCUUUCCGAUUUUGACAUCUAUAUCUCAGAGAUCAUGAGUAGCAACCAAAUGAAAUCAGAACUAGAUCAGUAUCUGGAAGAAUCUCUUUUGCCUCGUGUACAGGAUUUUGAUGCUUUGGGUUGGUGGAAGUUAAAUAGAUUGAAGUAUCCAACCCUAUCGAGAAUGGCAUCAGAUGUUUUGUCUAUUCCCGUCUCAACAGUUGCUCCUGAUUCCGUAUUUGAUACCGCAGAGAGAAAGAUGGAUAGCUUCCGAAGCACCUUAAGCCCAACAACUCUUGAAGCACUUGUCUGUUCGAAGGAUUGGCUCAAAUUCGAAUCUCCAGAUACAAGUUUGGAUAUGCAAACUGCAAUUGUUAGUGUGGAAAGAUAGGUUUUUAUAGGUAUACAUAUUGAAGUUUUCUCGUAUAGAUUUGUUCUUUUUCGUUAAUUCUUUUCAAGUAUGGCGUAUUCUUAGUCAUUCCGUUUUCUCUGUCCUCUACUUACUGGUCGUUGGAGGUGUUUAAAUACUUGGUACCUUUGUAUUUGAUUUAGAGAUUCAUUCUUUGAUUCUGCUGGUCAAUACAACAUAAAGAGAAAUUAUACUAA